CGACGAGGGAGAAUUUUAUCAUAUGAUUUUUUCUCAUCUCUAAUUUUUAAGAGAUGUGGCAAAAAAAUGAAAACCAUUUUUCCUACUAAAUUUAAAUAGGAAGAUGGCUGAGGAGACAUUAAUUCUAACAUUGUUAGUAUGUGUUAUGCUCGUGGGGUCUUAUAUUGCAGGGAGCAUACCCAUGUUGAUGAAAUUAAGCGAGGAAAAGUUAAAAUAUGUCACGGUUCUUGGUGCUGGAUUGUUGGUUGGUACUGCUUUAGCUGUCAUUAUUCCGGAAGGAAUAAGGUCGUUGUAUGAGGGCAGUGGGCGAACGCUACCGGUAAUACAUGAGACUGAGCACACACAGACCAUUGGCCUAUCUCUUGUACUCGGUUUUGUUUUCAUGAUGAUGGUAGACGUGUCACAGCGGAGAAGCAAUAUCGGAAACGACAGCAAAAAUUCUGCUACUUUGACUCUUGGAUUGGUAGUGCAUGCUGCAGCGGAUGGAAUUGCUUUGGGUGCCGCAGCCACAACGAGUCAUCAAGACGUUGAACUAAUUGUUUUUUUAGCCAUAAUGCUGCAUAAGGCACCAGCAGCCUUUGGCUUAGUGACCUUUUUAUUGCAUGAGAAAGUGGACCGUCAAAAAAUAAGACGUCACCUGGCAUUAUUUUCGUUAUCGGCACCUCUAUUGACGCUUUUGACCUUUUUUGGAAUAGGCCAGGAACAGAAAGAAACUCUAAAUUCUGUCAACGCUACAGGAAUAGCUAUGUUGUUUUCCGCUGGAACGUUUUUGUAUGUCGCUACUGUGCAUGUGCUGCCGGAGCUUACUCAAGGCGGAAUCAAACACACUGGAAAGCAUGAUUACCGUUUACUUGAAGAAUCUCGCGAUGUAGCCACAAUUGACGUAAAUGGAACUCAUAGUGUGCAAUCAUUAAAGUAUAGCGAACUUUUAAUUAUGAUAUGUGGAGCCCUAUUACCUCUAAUAAUAACAUUUAGCCAUAAGCACUAGGAUUAAGAAAAAAAUUACAAAUUCAUUCAUAAUUGUAAAUAGUUUUUAUUGUCUUUUAUGUGCUCAAUUUUUCUUUAAUAUCAGACACAAUUUUAACGAUU